ACCUCCAAGUGUUGCAAACUAAUCCCUCGAGCAUCAAGUCUGAUAGGAGGCGGAUCAAAUGGCCUGCAGCUAGCAUGACCUCACUCUGGAAGCAGUUUGAUGACGAUGUCGACCAAAUUCUGGAGGCAAUGGCGAAAGGAGAGGCCGACAGGAAGCUACAAGGUAUGACGACAAUCAUUGUCAGCAUCGCAGCUGAACGGUUUGGCGAGGAGGAGAAGAAAAGCCCCGGAACAUCCUACUCAAAGAAUCAAAGAGCUGUAAGGAUCCACAACAUCAGGCAGGAGAUGAAAGCGCUGAAAUCGCAGUACAAGGCGGCAGGACAAGAGGAACGCAUUGGCCUGGCCCAGCUAAUGUGCAUCCUUCGGAAAAACAUCAGAGUUCUCCGACGGGCUGAGUGGCAUCGGAGGCGGCGGCGUGAGAGGGCACGUAAACGUGCUGCUUUCAUCGCUAACCCCUUCAAGUUCACUAAGGAUUUGCUGGGGCAGAAGCGCAGUGGCAAACUGGCCUCCUCGCAGGAAGAUAUAGACCAACAUCUGAAGCAGACGUACAGCGACCCCGCAAGAGAGCAGGAGUUGGGAGAGUGUAACAACCUCAUAGAACCCCCUGAACCAGAAGUGCAGUUCGACAUGUCGGAGCUGCAGCUAAAGGAACUUAGGGAGGUUGUCCGCAAAGCAAGGGCAAGCUCUGCUCCAGGACCAAGUGGCACUUCCUACAAAGUGUAUAAGAACUGUCCCAAACUCCUGCUGCGUCUGUGGAAAAUCCUGCGAGUCUUCUGGAGAAGAGGGAGGAUCCCUGAACAAUGGAGAGUGGCUGAAGGGGUAUGGAUCCCAAAGGAGGAAAACUCCACUCAGCUAGACCAGUUCCGCAUCAUCUCCCUGCUGUGUGUUGAGGCAAAGAUUUUCUUCAGUGCUGUUUCCAAACGGCUGUGUACCUACCUGGCAAAGAACACCUACAUAGAUACAUCGGUCCAGAAAGGCGGCAUUCCAGGAAUGUCAGGAUGUCUGGAGCAUACUGGUGUGGUGACACAGCUCAUUCGGGAGGCCAGAGAGAACAAGGGCAACCUGUCAGUGUUGUGGCUUGACCUGGCAAACGCAUUCGGUUCCAUUCCACACAAGCUGGUUCAGCUCACCUUAAGAAAACAUCAUGUACCCAGCAUGUGUACAGACCUCAUCGCUGAUUAUUACAGCAAUUUCAGGAUGAGGGUCUCUUCAGGAGGAACAACAUCCAGUUGGCACAAGGUGGAGAUCGGUAUUAUCACAGGGUGUACUAUCUCUGUGACAUUGUUCUCCCUAGCCAUGAACAUGCUCACUAAGUCUGCUGAGCCAGAGUGCAGAGGGCCCCUCACAAAUUCCGGACAACGGCAACCACCCAUCAGGGCAUUCAUGGACGACCUCACAGUCAUGACAGAAUCAGUCCCAGGCUGCCGGUGGAUUCUGAAGGGACUUGAAAAGCUGGUGGAGUGGGCCCGGAUGCGUUUCAAACCCGCCAAAUCCAGAUCAAUGGUGCUGAGGAAAGGGAAGGUGGAGGACAAGUUCCGGUUUAACAUCACAGGCACAGCCAUUCCAACCAUCUCAGAGAAGCCAGUCAAGAGCUUGGGCAAGGUUUUUGACUGCUCUCUGAGAGACACAACAUCUAUCCAGUCAACCUGCACUGAGUUGGAUGGCUGGCUGAAAUCCGUGGACAAGUCAGGCCUACCUGGGAAGUUUAAAGCCUGGGUCUACCAACAUGGCAUCCUUCCCAGGAUCCUGUGGCCCCUCCUUGUCUAUGCAGUCCCUAUCUCGACAGUUGAGAUCUUGGAGAGGAAAGUCAGCAAUCACCUCAGGAGAUGGCUUGGAUUACCAAGGAGCCUGAGCAGCAUUGCACUCUACGGGAACACCAACAAACUGCAACUGCCUUUCAAAUCCUUGGAGGAGGAAUUCAAGGUAACUAGAGCCAGAGAAGUGGUUCAGUACAGGAACUCAAGUGAUCCGAAGGUGGCUAAGGCAGGGAUCCAAGUGAGGACUGGCAGGAAAUGGAGGGCAGAGGAAGCAGUUCAAGAGGCAGAUGCAAGGCUGCGUCACAGGAGCCUGGUGGGAGUGGUCACACGAGGCCGGGCAGGGCUAGGAUCCUUUCCAACUCCCCAAAUGAACACCAGGGGGAAGGAAGGGCGACGACUUGUUCAGGAGGAGGUGAGAGCAGCAGUGGAGGAGACGAGUACCUGCAAGGCAGUGGGGAUGAAGCAGCAGGGAGCUUGGACGAGGUGGGAGAAUGUGGUCGAAAGGAAAGUGACCUGGUAG